AAAGGGACUCAUCUUCUUUCCUCCACACUGUCUUCAAGAUAUCGAGUCAUCAAACUUCCACCCAAUAGGUCACAGGGGUUUUGGCAUCCUCAAGGCUCAUCAGGCAAGCAAGUGCUCCAUCAGCGCGGACAUAUCGGCUGACUGAUGUUGUGGACUCACAUGGGCAAGAUGGAUAUAUACGAUAAAUAAGACGUCAACUUCAGAGGUACACGUUGAUUUCGUAAUGACAAGCUGCUGUGCAGAAGAUGUCCACGCUGUCUGUGACUGAUAUUCCAGAUGUUGGUCAUGAUGAGAGUAAGGUGUUUGACAGGGCCUCUGAGCUGCAGCUGGACUGCAUGGUUGAGGAAGGCAGUGGAAGCACCGCAAUGAAGCAUGACGGCCUGCUGUCGCUGGCGGAUCUCUCCCAGCCAGAUGACUUCCCCGUCCCCCCUCAUAAUGGCUCUUCACUGACUGACAUGAGCAGCCCUCUUCCGGUGGAGCUAAGUGACAUUAAGGUGGAUCCAUCUGCAGGUGACGCAUCUGCCAGCAUAGAUGGUCAGCCAGUGAAGCGAAAGAAGGGGCCUGCGCCGAAGAUGCUGGGCAAUGAGGUGUGCAGUGUAUGUGGAGACAAGGCCUCUGGUUUCCAUUACAACGUGUUGAGCUGUGAGGGCUGCAAAGGCUUCUUUCGACGCAGCGUCAUUAAAAGUGCCCAGUACAACUGCAAGAACAACGGCCGCUGUGAAAUGGACAUGUACAUGCGGCGCAAGUGCCAGCAGUGCCGCCUGCGCAAGUGUCGGGAGGCGGGCAUGCUGGAGCAGUGUGUGCUCUCUGAGGAACAAAUCAGACUGAAGAAGAUGAAAAAGCAGCAUGAGGAGGAAACGGCCCGCACGUCCACAGUGGUCACCCCCACCCCUCCACUGGAGAUGACCGCACUGGAACCCCAGCAGCAGGAGAUGAUCGAGAAGCUGGUGUCCAUGCAGAAGCAAUGCAACAAGAGGUCUUUCCUUGACCGACCGAAAGUGACACCGUGGCCACAGAGUCAGGACUUGCAGAACCGAGAAGUGCGUCAGCAGCGGUUCGCUCACUUCACUGAGCUCGCAAUCAUGUCAGUCCAGGAGAUUGUGGAUUUUGCUAAGCAGCUUCCUGGUUUCCUGGAGCUCACGAGGGAGGACCAGAUUGCUCUAUUAAAGACGUCAACCAUUGAGAUUAUGUUGCUCGAGACUUCUCGGCGAUACAAUCCUGCUAUCGAUAGCAUCACGUUUCUGAAGGAUUUCAGCUAUAAUAAGGAGGAUUUUGCCAAAGCAGGGCUUCAGUUUGAGUUCAUUAACCCCAUCUUUGAGUUCUCAAAAGGAAUGAAUGACCUGCAACUGGACGAGGCAGAGUACGCCCUGCUCAUUGCCAUCAACAUCUUUUCUGCAGAUCGGCCGAAUGUGCAGGAUCAUGAUCUGGUGGAGAGGCUGCAGCAACCCUAUGUGGACGCACUGCGCUCUUACAUCAUGAUAAAGAGACCAAAUGAUCAUUUGAUGUUUCCCCGCAUGCUGAUGAAGUUGGUGAGCCUUCGUACACUAAGCAGUGUCCACUCGGAGCAGGUUUUUGCCCUUCGUCUCCAGGACAAGAAGCUUCCACCGCUGCUCUCUGAAAUUUGGGACGUCAAUGAGUGACUGCAAACCUGAUGCAACCCUCUUUUUGAAGCGGGAGACAGACAUUGCAUUCAGCAGGAACAUUGAGUCCUUUCUGCCGCCAUCUGGUCAGGGAUUGGUUAUAGCAGUGAGAUCUGUUUUUCUCUUGUGGGAGGAGAGCAUCAUUGCCCUUUGCUCGCAAACAAACUGCUAAACGGUUUUGUGUUCAUAGGAAGAAACAUGAACACCUAGUUGUCUUUGAGCCUUUUGUUAUUCUUACUUUUGUGUAGAUGCUGACAUGAUUAAGGCAAUAUUAAAUACCAGCAUCAGGCUCUUUAGCCAGUUUUCUCUGAUUUUAAUAUUUGUUUAAAGUUAUGUCAAUUUCUAGUGCAGUUCUAUACUCAUCCUCUAACAAUUAGAAUCUGAGCAGGUCUUGGCUGCCUCAAAUGUCAGGAUUAAAGAUGCACAUUCAGUUGAAAUAGUGAUUUUUCUUUUGCAGUCGUGCAAUAGGUGGAAAUGGAUACAGAGUUAAGCAUGAGCAGACACAUGUGCUAUUGACGUUAUCGAUGUUAGGGUGAGAUGGUAGGCCGUCUGGUUGGUAUCGUGCAUUGUGAUAUGGAAACAAAUAGUUAGUGUUCCUUUUUGGAGUAAGUGCAGAAAUCAAAAGGUUGGCGUAGUCGCUCAGGUAAAGUAAUGUGAAGUAGACCUCUGGGGGCUUCUUUAAUUUCCAUAAGAUUACUUUAGUUUUCUUUAAAGUUCAUAAGGGACCCUUUUGGUCAUUUAUAGAUGCCCAUUAACUACUUUCAUGUAAAUUGUAUAUUUAUUUUCACAAGAAAAAUGUAUAGAGUGCCCACAUAGAUCAACGUACAAUCACAUACUAACGCACAAGACAGUACACGUCUGUAGACUGUGCCCUCAUGAACAGCAUACAGUGAUGUUAAGUAAAUCUUUUUUUACACAGAGCACUGGAACCGUGAAAUGGGUGGUAGUAAUGUGUCUUCAAAUUCCAUGUGAAGAUUAAAUGUUGGUUAAAAAAAGAAAGUCAAGCUACCGUCUCUGUAACCGUACUUCCAAAUAAAUAAAAAUUAAUCCUGACAAAGUUGUAUUCAUAAAUCAAAAUAGAAAGAAUUGCCCCAGUUAUCACCUUAUUCCUCAUUUUGUGAGAUUUUCAUUUCAUCACAAAGCAGUUCAGCUAUUUUCAUAUUUUGAUUUGUUUUUUUAUCACUAGCAUUUAAAGGUGUUAGAAAUGUAUAAGCAACAUGCAUGUAGUUUGAAAAGGACAUAGAGAAUUUGACAGCCUUUUAUUUUUGAUAAUAUACUGUAUGAAACACAUUGAGGAAGAAAUGUAUAGCCGAAAUAAUAUCAGGUGGAAACCUAUCGUGAUCUAAAGGUCUGCUCUGAGUAUCUUCCUUGAACAGGUACUCGACACCAACAGCUUUAACUGGUCAGAUACUGGAAUGCCUCGCUGAGAAACAAAUAAACCAAAAUCUCUGUUAACAGGAAGCAGAGAACAACAGGAAAUGAGUAGAAACAAUAACAUUUGAAGUUAUAAUAAGCUUUAUAACUACAGAGAUUUAGAUGUUUAUACUCAUGCUGUGCUUUCUGUGCAUUCUCCUGUGCAGUGUAAACUUGAAAGUGCAUAACGGAUGAUAAAGAAAUGUCGAUUUCAAAUUCAUAAUUGUGAUUUUUAUUUUCUCUUCAUGCUUAUGUUGCGUCAAUAGGGCUGAAAACUGGACAUCAUAAUGUCACUGCAGCUCGUAUUUGAUGUGACAAUAACUUCAUUAGCUGUCUGUGAAGCCAUCUCCAGGUAUCACCAGUAUACUUGCAAAACCAUAGAUGUAAAUUUUAGUUUAAACUGUUCCAGCUUUUACAAGGUGCAGGGGAAAUCUGGCAUUAAACUGGCAUUGCCUUUUUAAAUCUUUUUCAACUACAUUUAGUUUUUUGGCUUUUAAAUCAUAAAAUUGCAUUUAACAGCUAUGUUGUUGCUGCUGAAAUGGAACAUUGAUUAAAAUGCAAGUACGCAUGACUCGCAGUACCACAGACACAAGUGACCUCCUUUUUCAAUAAAUACUCAAUAUAUAAUAAUAGGCAGGCCUAGUUUGGAUUUAAUCCGAAUUGGACAAUCUUGGUGAUGGCUCAUAUGUGUUUGAUUAACUUCAAUGUUAGACAUGGGUUGUCUUUUUCUCUCUCUCUUUACUUUAUCCACCAACAUGUCUGUAUUGCAUAUUUUGUUUAGAUUAACGGCCUGUUGUGGAUCUCCCUCAUGAGCGAAUCAUGUUCAGUUUUUUUGAAUGGACCUUUUCCUCAGCAGACAUCUUGACUUGUGUGUUUGAAAGAUCUUAACAAAUGAAGGGAAUACUAGUAGUACUUGCUAAUGUAACUCUAAGAAUGGUAAAAGCAUGUAUGUUGUGCUAUUCAAUUCAUCUUUGAUCUAUAAAAAUACUUUUGAUUAAAUGAUCUAAUGGCUAAUUGGAGCAGCAGAUCACAGUUCCUCUGCCUGGUGCAUCUCUGACCUAGUUGGCUGAACACUGGUUGACUAAACGUAAACAUGCUAAAUGCAGUGAGCUGAGCUCCACCUAAUGGUGGGUUGUGGGUGUUUUCAUUCCACAUGUUUCAUUGUACUGACAGUGGUAUGUUCUUGAGCCUGCAAAUCUUCACAGAAACAAUAGUAACCUGUUUUUCUUUAUCUCCCUCAACAGUUGCUCGGAAAACCCCUGACAAAACGCUACUGUUGCGCAAUUGUAUUUCUGCUAUUGGAAGCAAGUGCGGCCCAGUUAUGCAACAUUAAGAGCUUAAGUUUAAUUCUCAUCUUUAGUUGUAUUGCAUUGCAUUGCUCAUUUGAAGGUUACCUGUCAUGCUUGAUAUGGGUACACUUAACUACGCUCUAAGUUCCUCUUGGCGCACGCGUUUCCAUUCAGCAGGAACACAUAAAGACAGAAGUCAAUGGUGUCCUUGCAUUUUCUGACCAUGUAUUGUAUCAAGCCGUUUGCCUUCCCCCUCAAAAUUGUAUUUACUUUUUAUUAUAUAAUUGUUUGUUUUUUUAUUGAUUUUCUUACAUCCUUCUAAUCCUUUAGUAUUAAUGGUUUUCUUUUUGACAGAUCGAUAAAUAUUUAAAAAAGCAGAUUAAUGUGAGAGUUUGCAGCACUUUUAACCCAUGCCAGUGAUUAUUUUUCCCUUUGCAAUGAAAUUUGAGGUUUGCUAUUGGUUUGCUGCUUGCAGAGUAUCUCUAGCCAAACUAACCAUUACGUUUAAAAGUAGUCUCUGUAAUAUUGAGGUGAAUUUACCACCAUGCCCUAAUUAAAUCCCAGGUCUACUGACAGAUGAUGAAACUGAAAUUAUUGUGUGAUGGUGUGCUGUACUCUGACCAAACGAGCAAAAAUGCAUCGGUUCGGCUCUUAAAUCUUUGUUUUUAGUGUAUAUGUUAUGUUAAUGAUGUAGGAAGCAAGGUUAAUUGUACUGUAUAUGUUGUAAUUGUCAUCUCUGAUCUCAUUUAAUUGCUGUCUCCAAAGGGUGACACUGUAAACAUUAUUGAUGUAUAGAAAUGCAAACCUAUUUUAAUACUUGUAUCUCCUGAAGACCUUCUGUUUUGUAUGUACAGUAUAAAUUAAAGCUAUGCUGUAGUGCU